AUGCUCGUGGUGAACUAUGACUUCAAUAUGACCACAUCAAAUUUCCCUAACAAUAACAAUAGCACCAACAACAACAACAACAACAAUAGUGGCCAAAACAUGAUGUUUGGGUUGCCUAAAAUCAACACCAGUUGUUUGAAGAACUCUUACAAUAGUACUAAGGAGAUCCAGUUAAAUAGUGCUGGAAGCUCGUUGUUUCCCGAGAUCAACACCUCACAGUUCGAUCCUUUAUCUAACAAUUAUGUUCCUUUGGCGCCAUCAAUACCACCAACGGGCCUGAAGAAAUCAAAAAGAAAGCAUUGA